AUGAUUCCACAACUGAGCCCGGUUCCCGCGCUCCCGAAACCCUUUGGGCCGCAUAAAGUCGGUACCACAGAAUGGGAGAUCCCAGUCUCAGAGAUACCAUCGCCGUCGCCGAUACCAGACGAAAAGAUCACAACUAUAAAAUUCCGACUGUUCUACCCGACAACACCCAAGGCCAAGUCGAAACCCUCAGUGACAUGGUUACCCUCACCGCAGCGAGAAUGGAACCAGGCGUACGCUUCGUUCCUGGGAGCGAGUCCUCGGGUGUCGUCGCUAAUAUCACUCGUCCCUUCUUUACUCAACAUGACCACCUUGCCCUGCGUUGCCGAUGCGCCAUUAUUACCUAGACAGGGGUCAUUCAAGUAUCCGCUUCUGAUUUUCUCGCAUGGCCUGGGAGGGAAUUUCAAUGCUUACAGCGCAAUUUGCACAGCACUGGCAAGUUUUGGUAUUGUGUGCGUGGCGCCUGAGCAUCGAGACCAAAGCGCCCCCAUGUCCAUUAUACGGUCGGCCGAUGGGCGCAAAUCCACCACAAUCCCCUACCAGAAGCACCCACAUGCUCCCACGGCGCAAGUCCUCAAUGCGCGCAAUGCCCAGCUGCGGAUACGGCUUUGGGAGCUUGAACAGCUUUUCACGGUUCUGACGAGUCUCAAUGAGGGCAAGACGUUCUCCAACUACGCUGUUGCGGGCACGAAAACCACACCGGGGCCGCCGUUGAAGAACGUGCUCGACCUGCGCCCCGGGCACGUCACCUGGGCCGGCCACUCCUUCGGCGCCUGCACGGUCACUCAAUUCGUCAAAUCGGUCUACUAUCGUCAACAUCUCCCUUCAUUCAAAGACACAGAGUUCGAAAACGACCCUGACUGGCGACCACUUUACAAAGCCAUCGAAAACAGCGAGCUCGUGCGACAAAUCACGCCAGAGUCACCCCUUAUCCUGCUCGAUCUAUGGGCCAUGCCUCUGCGGGCAGGACUGACCAGAUGGCUGUGGGAGAGGCCCCUACCGUGCUACAAUCGCGAAAUACGCGAUGGCAAAGCUCCUCCUCCCACGAAUGUGAUCGCAAUUGUAUCAUCUGAAUUUUUCAAGUGGCCCGAACUGAUCAAUCGGAUGAAAGCUGCCCUUUCCGCAAAGCCUGCCGAGGCCAUGUACAUGCUCGAGAAGCGCACAUCCAAAGACAGUACAAAUUACAAACCACGCACGAGAUCCAACCCACAAAUCGUUGCGACGCCGCCCGAUAAACUACCAGUCGACGUGGAAGAACCAGAGCAAGUAGUAUCGCGGGGCGGUUCUCCGGAGAACCAGGAUGAAGACCAAGAGUCAGAUGCUGGCGACGAGAUGUUUUUGACUCCAUUCUCAACGCAUGGCGAGGAGUUCCCGUUUGACAAGAUCAUGCUGAACAGGCGAUCCGGCUUCGAAGCUCGGAGGGACUCGACAGAUACCCAAGAGACGAGGCAGGUCGGUGUGGAGGCCGAGAGGGAUAUGGACAGAGUGUCCAUGAGAGCAGCGGUGAACCAGAUCAAGCAGAUGCAGCUGGAUUCUAAACUAGAGUCGCAGGACCAGGGAACUGCGGACGAGGAGGAUAUCAUCAGGGAGGCCAUCAACCAGCCCCUCCCGGAUUCCGCUGCAGUAGACGAAGAAGGUGAUACAACCACUCAGGACGAGAUGUCUACAUCCUCCAACCUGCCCAUCUCCGACUCAACCUCCUCCCUCUCAACACCCGCUUCGUCAGCCCAGCACAGCCGCUCACCCUCCCCAUCCCCCAGCAUCUCGACCUGCGAAAGCACAUCUAGCGUCUCAUCGCACUCAUCCUACCCUGCAAAUCCCGAAGAAGCCGAUUCGGAAGAAGCCGAUUCAAGUAAGACCACCGUCCAGGCCGUCAUCCCACCCGCCUCAAACACGCCCUCGCCUCUCGACCCGCAGCUCUUCCUGAUCCCGAACACGGCCCAUCUCUCACAAUCCGAUUUCGGCGUCCUUUUCCCCAAGCUGACACGCUAUCUCAUGAACGCCGAGAACCCCGUCGAGACGAUCCGGCUCAACGUGCGGGCCAUGCUGGCCGUCAUGAGGAACUCGGGCCUCGAAGUCGAGGCGUACAAGGACGAGGUCGAGAGCGUGCAGAAAAAGAAGGACGAGAAGGCGCCGAAUGGAGGCGAAGAAGCACAAGCAGAGGACGUGAACGAUAUGGAUGAGAUCCUUACGGAGAAUUGCAAGGAAGAGAGAUGGUUGAGGGUUGAUAUCUACUGA